AUGAGGUGGCUAUCUUUCUUCACCGCGAUGCUUGCAUCACUCGCCCCCAUCACCACCGCAGCACCCCGUCCCGCGGCCGUGUCCCACAACCUCGCACCUGCCCUCCUCCCACCAGACCAAUCGGAAAUCCCCAGACUGGUCCUCUACUUCCAAACAACUCACGACUCUCUAGGCCGCCCCAUCUCUAUGCUCCCCCUCGUAACAGUCAAACACAUCGCCCUCACCCAUCUAAUCAUCUGCUCCAUCCACAUGCACCAAAACGGCCACCUCCACCUCAACGACCACCUCCCCUCCCACCCCCGGUACAAAACCCUCUGGACCGAAGCCUCCAUCAUGAGAUCCUCAGGCGUCAAGGUAAUGGGCAUGAUCGGCGGCGCAGCCCCCGGCUCCUUUUCCCGCUCCACCCUCGACAGCCCCUCCGACCUCACCUUUGACCACUACUACCGCCAGCUCGCCUCCUUCAUCAGGCGGUACAGCCUCCAAGGCUUGGACAUCGACGUCGAGCAGCCCAUGUCCCAGGGGGGGAUCGCCCGGCUCAUCCUCCGUCUGCGGUGGGACUUUGGCCCCGAUUUCAUCAUCACCCUCGCCCCCGUCGCGAGCGGGCUCACCAACGAGUGGGGCGGGCUCAGCGGGUUCGACUAUCGGGUUUUGGAACGGGAUUAUGGAUCUCUUAUCAAUUUUUACAAUGCUCAGUUCUACAAUGGGUUCGGGUCGGUGCAUUCGACGUCUCACUUUGAGAGGACGGUGGAUGAGGGGUGGGAUCCGGAGAAGAUUGUCAUCGGGCAGUUGACUGAUCGGGGUGUGCAUCAGCAUGUUUCGCUGAACAGGACUGUUGUGCAGCUGAGGAGGAAGCUGGGAGUUAUCGGGGGGAUUAUGGGGUGGGAGUACUUUAAUGCUUUGCCGGGGGGGGCAGACGCGCCGUGGGAGUGGGCGCAGGUGAUGACUCAAAUCUUGAGGCCGGGUCUGGUUCCCGAGAUGAAGAUUGCAAAGGACGAUGCGAUCAUGCUGAUGGAGACGUGGGUGGAGAGUGCCUGGCCUGGGGCGGCGGUGAUUUGUGCGAGUGUGGGAGGUGCUGGCAAUGAGGCGUGCGCAGCCGAAGCGGGUAGGCCGAAUGUUGAUUACAUGGCCAUGGUAAAUGCCUAG